GUGCGGCAAGGAAAAGCAAAACAGAGAGCUGGAGAGUUGAGGCGACGACGACGAGGACGACGACUACAAACGUCGACUUUCAACCCACAGCGCAACUCGAACGGUGCGCCAAUACCGUCUGAACAAGUGCCGGAGAACCAACAUGGCCGAUACGCAAGCCACGUGUCCGAUGGAGUCGCAUUUCGUGAGGGGCGAACACACCUUGAAGGUCCCCAUGUCACUUUUUCGGGAAAACAGGGAACGACUCGCCGCUGUUCUUCGGGGAAAUACCGCCGUACCGGAAAAAGGUGCCUUCGUAGUCCUGCAGGGCGGCGUCGAGGUCCCGUUCAACGACACUGACAUCUCCUGGCCAUUCCGACAGGAAUCGUACUUUCAGUGGUGCUUCGGGGUUGAGGAACCAGACUGUUACGGAUGCAUUGACGUCACGACAUCCGAGUCCAUUCUGUUCUUCCCCCGCUUACCGGCCGAGUACGCGGUGUGGCAAGGCACCCUUUACACGACCGAUGACUUCCGGAAACGGUACGCGGUCGACAAGGUUUACUACACCGACCAGAUUGCGGAUGUUCUAAGCCAGCGGGGUGCCUCCAUGCUUCUGACGUUGAACGGAUUAAACACCGACAGUGGACUUGCCGCGCGCGAAGCUGUUUUCGACAAGAUUGGCCAAUUCAACGUUAACAACACGCUGUUAUAUCCGGAAAUAACGGAGUGCCGAGUGAUCAAGUCACCGAGGGAGAUCGAGGUCUUGAGAUACGUAAUAAAAGUCAGCUCCGAUGCCCAUCGUGCAGUGAUGCGAGCUGUCCGACCGGGUCUCGCCGAAUUUCAAGCGGAAGCUGCCUUUUUGCACCAUGCUUACUCCGUAGGUGGAUGUCGCCAUGUUUCUUACACUUGCAUUUGUGGAUCUGGCCACAACGCCUCUAUCCUUCACUACGGACAUGCCGGUGCACCGAACAACAGGGUCCUCAAGGACGGAGAUAUGUGCUUGUUCGACAUGGGCGCAAACUACUGCGGCUACGCAGCCGACAUAACCUGCAGUUAUCCGGCCAACGGCAAGUUCACCGAGGACCAAAAGAUGGUCUACAACGCGGUCCUCGAUGCCCGGACCGCCGUCAUGAACGCGGCGAAGCCUGGAGUGUCCUGGUCGAAAAUGCACCUUCUGGCGAACAGAGUGAUGCUGGGAAGUCUCGUCAAGGGAGGACUACUCGUCGGCGACGUUGACCAGAUGAUUCUAGCCGGUCUCGGCGAGGUUUUCCAGCCCCAUGGUCUCGGGCACUUGCUGGGUCUCGACGUCCACGACGUCGGCGGAUACCUGCCGGGUCAUCCCGGUCGUUCGAACGAACCUGGACUCCGGAAGCUGCGGACCGCCAGGACCCUGAAGGCUGGAAUGGUGCUGACCAUCGAGCCAGGGUGCUACUUCAUUAACUGCAAACUGGAUGAAGCAUUGGCUAACGGGGAUCAAGCCAAGUACAUCGUGAGAGAAGAAUUGGAGCGUUUCCGAGGCUGGGGAGGCGUGCGUAUCGAGGACGACGUCCUCAUUACAGAGACGGGAGUGGAGAACAUGACUGAUGUGCCCAGGACCACCGAGGAGAUCGAGGCCUGGAUGAGUGUCGGCAGAAAUUCCAAAUUACCUCAAGAGUGCAAGUUCUCCGACGCGUAGGUCAUCAAAAUUCGAUCAAAUAUAAGCAUCUGUGACGUGCUUCGCGGCUAGGACGCGAAUACAAAUGUCGAGGUGUCUGCUGCUCUUGGAGGAUCCAUAAACUCUGUGCACGUUCGGUGGUGCUCUUUAUUCACUCAAUAAUAAUCAACUCUUAUUCGGUCCAAAGGCUGCGCGGCCAAUUCUAAUUCUUGUUUAUUAAUCUUUGAACA